CAAUAAUUUUAAUACCCCUCCACCAACAAUUAAUGUGUCAAAAUGGCUAUGCUUCUUCGCCUUGAACGGUGCCGCCAUUUCUCUCCGUUAUUCUCAGUGCAAGUCGACCAAAUAGCCCGUUCAAUCCUCCAGCGAUCCUCUUUCAACUGCAGCCUUUCUUCAGCUCUGGCAGUAGCGAAUGAAGACGAACAAAGGAGAAAGGAGGGAGGAAAAUGGCUCACUUUGCCACCUUUCGCGCCUCAGAAGGACCCAUCUUCCGUCGCCAAGGAGAUCGCUGGCGGGACGCCGGCAGGAGAUGGAGAGAUAACCACCGCUUUGAAGUGGGUUCGUCACUGCGUCCCGCAUUUGCCGAUGUCCCUUGUACAAAAACUCUUUCGCUUGAGGCAGGUGCGGAAAGACUUGGUUUCUAUCAAUGCUUCUUCCCGAGUUCAAUUUGAAGGACAUCAACUUAAAAGGGUCUCAGCAAAAGAGGUGAUGACUUCAGGAGAGGUGAUCCUUUUGCCCAUCACAGUGAAAAAUUUCACAAAGAAAGAUAAGGAGCAACGCGACAAUCACAAGGAGAUCAAGUUUAUCCGCAGCCUCAUCUUGUAUAAGGAUUCUGCCAUCAUUGUAAUCAACAAACCCCAUGGUUUACCAACUCAGGGGGGCUUUGGCAUAAAAAACAGCAUCGAUGUAUUGGCUGCCACAUCCUUGAAAUUUGAUUGUCCAGAAUCACCUAAACUGGUGCACAGGCUUGAUAGAGACUGUAGUGGUCUUCUGGUUCUUGGAAGAACCCAAAUUAGCUCUUCUAUCUUGCAUUCGAUCUUCCGUGAAAAGACUUCUAGAGUUUUGAAGCAUAGUGUCAAGAAUGCUUCUAGAGUGUUGCAAAGGAAAUACUGGGCGCUGGUUAUUGGAACGCCAAAACAUUCCUCAGGAUUGUUAUCUGCACCAAUAGGAAAGGUUGGUUUAUUUAAGGAAUUUACUUUAUUCAUUGUUCUUAUGUUGGCCCAUAAAUGA